GCCCCAGCCCCGCCGCCCGAUGUCCUCAAGAUGGAGGCAGCGGGGGCGGCGACGUGAGGAGAGCGGCGCUGUGGGCGCGGGAGCAGGGGCCCGGGCGGCCCGGGCGGAGGCGGUGCCGGGAUGGGGCUGCUGCUCAUGAUUCUGGCGUCGGCCGUGCUGGGCUCCUUCCUCACGCUCCUCACCCAGUUCUUGCUGCUGUACCGCAAACAGCCCGAGCCGCUGCCGGACGAGGCGGCCCGCGCGGGCGACGGCUUCCGCUACAUCAAGCCGGUGCCGGGCCUGGCCCUGAGGGAGUACCUUUAUGGCGGCGGCGGGGCUGAGGAGCCCUCCGGCGGGCCCCCCGAGGGCGGCGCGACCCCGGCCCCGGCUCCCGAGACCCCCGCCCCGCCGACGCGGGAGACCUGCUACUUCCUCAACGCCACCAUCCUGUUUCUGUUCCGGGAGCUGCGGGACACAGCGCUGGCUCGCCGCUGGGUCACCAAGAAGAUCAAGGUGGAGUUCGAGGAGCUGCUGCAGACCAAGACGGCGGGGCGCCUGCUGGAGGGGCUGAGCCUGCGGGACGUGUUCCUGGGCGAGACGGUGCCCUUCAUCAAGACCAUCCGGCUCCUCCGGCCGGUGGUGCCCUCGGCCAGCGGGGAGUCGGACGGCCCCGAGGGGGAGACGCUGCCCGCCACCUCCCCCGAGGAGCUGGCCUUCGAGGCGGAGGUGGAGUACAACGGGGGCUUCCACCUGGCCAUCGACGUGGACUUGGUCUUCGGCAAGUCCGCCUACCUGUUCGUCAAGUUGUCCCGAGUGGUGGGGAGGCUGCGCUGCGUCUUCACUCGCGUGCCCUUCACCCACUGGUUCUUCUCCUUCGUGGAGGACCCGCUGAUCGACUUCGAGGUGCGCUCCCAGUUUGAAGGGCGGCCUAUGCCCCAGCUUACCUCCAUCAUCGUUAAUCAGCUCAAGAAGAUCAUCAAGCGCAAGCACACUCUUCCGAGUUACAAGAUCAGAUUUGCAGAAGGUGGUGAACUGGUUGUUCGCUGUGUUUGAUUUCCCAUUCUGUGAAGUAGAACAUACUUUAUGAAACCUGCUCUUCAAGCUUUGGAAUGUAAGUGACUAAAUUAUAAAUGAGUUCUGGUAUUUAUUUAACCCGUG